AGGGCGAGAGGGAAGAAGGAAGGCGUAGAAGCGUGAAAGACGAUCCAUAAAAGAGGAACAAGAUCACCUCGCUGGUCAAUGCUUCGCGUCCACUGAUGUGACUGAGGAAAAAACACGAGGAGGCGUAAGAGGCGCAGCUGGGCAUGUAAUCUUCUCCAGGCAGUGACCCUGACGACCUCUCCGCCAGCGAUGUCGAGACUCUGGCGAAGACGAGGACGGUAGACGCCUCCUUGGACCCAUCACAACGCCUCCUGCAGGAUUCCCUGAGAUGUGUGGCGUGUCCUGAAGCCGCGAGGUGCGUGCGUGUGUGUGUGCGUGUGUUCAGGUUGGCCCAGGACGAGUAAGAGAAGAACAGAGCAUCGACUAGUGUGUUAUCGAUUAGCCGUACCUGGUGGCGGCGGCGGCGGUGGAGGUGGAGGAGGAGGAGGUGUCGGUGGUGUUGAGUGGGGUGCCUCUGGAGAGGUGUGGAGAUGGAGAUGCUGAUGACCUGUGGCUGGUGACAUGGCACUCGGGGCUGAGCAGCGGCCUGAUUAGCUGCGGCGUGCGCCGGGUCAGUGGGUGGCCAUGCUGGCCACCACGAGGUCCACAGCGCCCUUACUCACGUUCCUCGACACGUCCCACGCCGCGAGUCUUUUCCUGCAGCCGUCGGAGGCCCCCCACAUCCUGGCCCCAGACGCCCACGAACUAAUGUCAGGCGUCGGGUCAACGGCGGUGACGGUGGAGCCGACGAACGUGACGGCAGGCGGCGGCUCAGGCGCUGCCUCGGAGGAGGAGGAGGAGGGGCCGGAGAUCGUGAGUCGCGUGCUGCUGGUGCUAGUCCUGCUGCUCAUCAUCAUCGGCACUGUCAUUGGAAACUUACUCGUCUGCGUCGCCGUCUGCCUCGUCAGGAAACUGCGGCGGCCCUACAACUACCUGCUGGUGAGCCUGGCCGUGUCGGACCUGUGCGUGGCGCUGCUGGUGAUGCCCAUGGCCCUCCUGCUGGAGCUGCUGGGUGAGUGGCAGUUCGGAGGCCUGGCGUGCGACGUUUGGGUUUCGUUCGACGUGCUGUCGUGCACGGCGAGCAUCCUCAACCUGUGUAUGAUCAGCGUGGACCGCUACCUGGCCAUCACCAGGCCGCUGGAGUACGGCGUGAAGCGGACGCCGCGCCGCAUGGUGGCCUACAUCGCCUUCGUGUGGCUGGGCGCCGCCUUCAUCAGCCUGCCGCCCAUCCUCAUCCUCGGCAACGAGCACGGCGACGGCACCAUCUGUGAGGUGUGCAACAACUUUUGGUACCAGAUCUACGCCACCUUCGGCUCCUUCUACAUCCCGCUCACCGUCAUGGUCAUCGUCUACUACAAGAUCUUCUGCGCCGCCAAGAGGAUCGUCAACGAGGAGCGCAAGGCCCAAGCACACCUGCGGCUGAUUGAGGAGGCCGAGGCAGACGCCCGCGCCGCCUCUGCCGGGCUGGGCACCUACACGCAGCUAAGACCCGUGUCCAAGUACAGCGUGGUGGAGGUGAACAAUGGCGGGGUGGAGACCAAGCUGGCGGCUGAACCUCCACCACUCACCAACAGGGACGAGACGGGGAGUCUCCUGGGCCCGGACAGUCCUCACCACCUCGAGGUACCUUCUCGCCUCAUGGUCUGCGGUUCGUCCCUCUCUUCGGCCGCAUCCGUCGGGUCUUCAAGCGGCUCCCGAUGGUCGCUGUGUGAGACGAAUGGGAAGCCGCACCCGCCGCCCUCCGCCCGCACGCAAAACCAGCACCACCACCACCACCACCACCAGCAGCAGCAUCCCUCCCACCACGCCCACCACAACUUCUACAACGCCUGCCAGUCCUCCAACAACGGCUCCGGCGUCGACCACUCCGGAUCCCCGCGGAAGAGGUCUCAAGGGCCGAAGUCGAAGUUGAAGUUCGCCCUGGCUAAGGAGAGAAAGGCGUCGACUACUCUAGGCAUCAUCAUGAGCGCCUUCGUGGUGUGCUGGCUGCCCUUCUUCGUGCUGGCCCUGGUGCGGCCCUUCAACACCCCCUCGCCCAUCCCCUCCUGGGUCUCGUCCCUCUUCCUGUGGCUCGGGUACGCCAACUCCCUCCUCAACCCCAUCAUCUACGCCACCCUCAACAAGGACUUCAGAAAACCCUUCCAGGAGAUUCUGUGCCUGCGCUGCGCCUCCCUCAACCUACUGAUGCGCGAGGAGUUCUACCACAGUCAGUACGGCGGCCCCGACACCCCGACGCUCUCCGCCAUCAGGACGCAGCCCGUUGCCAACCCGACCAACUCCUCGGAGGUCCAACUCAACCUGGCCGAACCGAACAUCUGCAUCACGGAGGAGGAGGCCCAUGAGUCGCGUAUUUGAGGAGGAGGACAAGGAGGAAGAGGAGGGGGAAAGCGAAUGAAAAGUAGAAGUGGUGGUGUAGUUGAAUGUAAACGAGAGGAAAUGGAAGAAGGCCGAAGGGAGGUGAUGUUGGUCUAGCUGAAUAUAGAGGAGGAUGAAAAGAAAAUUGAUGUCGAUGUAUGCUCUGAAGAAGGAGGAAGAGAAGAUAAUGAAGCAUAAUAAAUAGGAGAAGGGGGUGGUGUUGCCAGUGUACCGAUGAUUAAUAGGGAGGAGGAGAAGGAGGAUGAGGACUACAAGGGGAUUUAUGACAUGUGUAUUUACCUGGACUCCAUAUUUACCUGCCACGGUGGUUCCUUGUGACAAGUGAAUGUGCCCGGUGUACUGUAACAUGUCACUGACCGGCGCUGGCCUGACCUGGGAAGUGGUUAUUGCUCUCGUUACCAAGGACGCUGCAGUGUGUUUCUCUGGCUGUUGUUAGUGUUGAUAUUGUUGUUGCUGCCUAUUGUUGGUGUUGCUAAUACUUGUGUUGUUUGUGUAUUGGGCGUCCCUGCACCCAAAUGACAGAGAAGACGUGUUGCUUCGUGUGAAUUUAAGUUUUAACUGAACGAAAGAGAGAGAGAGAGAGAGAGAGAGACUAUUUGCAUAUAACUACCCUAUAAUAAUUGAUGGGCUCACUCGUUUAAUAAUAAUGGUAAUGAUGAGCGUCAUUAAGAUAAUAAUAAUAAUAAUAAUAAUAAUAAUAAUAAUAAUAAUAAUAAUAAUAAUAAUAAUAAUAAUAAUAAUAAUAAUAAUAAUGCCAACAAUAAUAAUGACAUAAAGAAACAAAAAUGAGGCUGCCAGAAUGCAUAAUGAUGAAAAUAAUAAUGAUAAUGAUAAUAAUAAUAAUAAUAAUAAUAAUAAUAAACAUAAUAACGAAAUAAGUCUUGGUCAUAAAGAUCUGUACAUGCAUCCACAACAUCAGCAACAACAAGAGCAACACCACCACCACCACCAACAACAACAGCCAAGAUCGAAGAGGCACCAAAACAGAAGAGCAGCAAGAGGGUUAGGACACAGUGUUGCAAAGAGUACACAUGAAUGAGAACAAACAUGAAGGUGAAAAAAAAAGUUACUCAACACCAGGAACACGUGGCAGGGAGGGGAGAGUGAAGAGGAGGAGAAGGAGGAGGAGUAGAAGGAGGUGGUGAGUGGGGCCACGCAUUACCAAACUCACGGGUCUCAUGCGGUGCUCGAACGGAUGGGAGGAGGAGACGUAGAAGACGACAAAGAAGAAGAAGAAGAAGAAGAAGAAGAAGAAGAAGAAAAUUAAAAGAAUUGGUAAAAGAAAGAGGAGAAGAAGGAGAGGAAGAUCAGUACGUAAUAGAAAGAAAUAGGAAAUAAAAACAAGAAGAAAGAAGAAAAAACAUGAAGGAAAAAUCUCCCACUCUCAUCCACGCAGCCUCAGUGUUACUUCGUUCAGUGUUACAACAGUAUUAGAAGACUCGUGGUGCUUCACAGCCUGACAAGGGCCACUACUACUACUCCUACUACUACUACUACCACUGCUACUACCACUACAACUACUACUACUACAACUACUACUACCACUACUACUACGACUGUCACAGCUAUAAUUUACAUACAUACGUACAUAACUGUGUGUGUGUGUCUGUGUGUGUGUGUGUGUGUGUGUGUACGGACGUCUCUCGGUAUUCUGUGUUGUUCCCCAUAAAUGUAUCCCAGCGUUGGACAUAUGUCAGUCAGUCAC